GUCCUGCAUUGUUUUUGCUUCGGUACAUCUGGUGCAGCCCUGCAAAGUUUUCUCUGCCCACUGGACUGGUUCGUCUAGUUAGUAAGCAGAUCAACUGGCACCUAGUACUUGCAAGCAAUGGUAAAUUGUUGGCAGUUGUUCAAGACCAAUGUGUAGAAAUCAGGUCUGCAAAAGAUGACUUUGGAUCCAUAGUUGGAAAAUGUCAAGUGCCAAAGGAUCCUAACCCUCAGUGGAGGCGAGUGGCGUGGAGUCAUGAUUGUACGUUACUUGCUUAUGCUGAAAGCACUGGAACAGUGAGAGUGUUUGACCUAAUGGGUAGUGAGCUUUUGGUCAUUUCACCGACAGCAAGUUUUCCAGGAGAUCUGAGUUAUGCUAUUGCUGGAUUGAUCUUUCUAGAAUACAAAGCAAGUGCCCAGUGGUCAGCUGAACUGCUUGUCGUUAAUUAUCGUGGAGAACUGAGAAGUUAUCUUGUAAGUGUUGGAACAAAUCAAAGCUUUCAAGAAAGUCAUAGUUUCAGCUUUAGCAGCCAUUAUGCCCAUGGAAUAACAACUGUCAUUUAUCAUCCUGGUCACAG